AUGACUGAACUUGCAAAGAAAGUAACACUUACCCAAGCAAUUGUUUCUAUGCGUGAGCUUUUUCCUUCAGAAUACAGUUUUUAUCCACAAAGUUGGAUUCUUCCUGCACAAUUAAAAGAAUUUAGUGAUUAUUGCCUAACUUUUGAGGAAACAAAUAAUAAAUGUUUUAUUGUUAAACCGGAUGAUGGUGCUCAAGGAACUGGCAUUUAUUUAAUUAGUUCACCAUCAGAACUAUUACAAACAACUUCCAAUCGCCAGCUUAUUCAAGAAUAUAUGCCCGAUCCCUAUCUACUUUCUGACGGAUUGAAAUUCGAUCUACGUGUUUAUGCAGUUAUUCGAAGCCUUAAUCCUUUAUCAAUUUAUGUAGCCAGAGAAGGAAUGGCUCGUUUUUGUACUGAAAAAUAUCCGGGAAUGCCGACUAAAGAAAAUUUUUCUAAUCUUUAUGCACAUUUAACUAAUUAUUCUUUAAAUAAAGCAAAUAAUGCUUAUAUUCACAGUAAAUCAUUAAAAGAACAACUUAAAGGAAGUAAAAGACUACUUUCUACUGUUUUUCACCAAAUGGAACACAAAGGAGUGAGAACUCGCCGUUUAUGGCGUGAAAUUAAAUUAAUUAUAGUAAAGACUGUGUUAGCAAUGGUUCCAGAAUUAAUGCUUAAUUAUGAACAUCAUUUUUGUGAUUUUAAAUAUCAGGCACCUCAAUGUUUCCAAAUAAUUGGUCUAGAUAUUCUUGUACGGCAAGAUGGCACCCCUAUUCUUCUCGAAGUUAAUUCAUCACCUUCAUUAAGCGUCGAUCACAUUUUGACACAAAAUGAGAAUAUUUGGAUAGAAAACUCAGAAAUCCCUCCACCACUUAAUAUAUCAGAACAACCUGUUAGAUCUGUUGUUGAUGAAAUGAUUAAAGUUCCUUUAGUUAGAGACACUUUACUUUUGGUUCUUGAUCAACUUGAAUACCAUUAUCCUUUAUAUAAAGAAAAUCAAACUAAAUUGGCUGGGAAAAGCAAUUUUGUUGGUGGAUUAAAUGACCAAAAAUUUGAUAAAAACUCCAUUGGAUCAACAUUAUCAAUAGCCUCUACAAUUGGAAAUUUAUCAUCUAAAAGUACCAUUGAUGAUUUAGGACUUUUAAAUAGAACAAAAAAGCCUCAUUUAUCUGAGGUAUUCCCAAUAAAUUAUGGACAAACAAGUAAACAUUUGUUAGUUUUAGAUAAAGCAGUUUAUUUAUAUUUGCAAUUUUGUAAUAUAAAACAAACACUUCUUAUUUCAUUACCAGCAAUUCGUGCCUUUAUUAGAAAAUGUGAAUUAACAAAUUUAAUAACUUGUGAUGCUUUAGAAGAGAAAUUUGAUGAAAUUACUAGCCUUUUCUUUGGAAAUGAUAAGAAGACAGCAAUUGUUGUCUCUUCGGGUGCACCUGCCUUGCCUUUUCGAGGAUUUUUACAUAUUCUUUUCCAUCUUGCAAAAUUAAGAAUUAAUUUAAUAAAUAGAAAGAUUGAAGACGAAUUACAGCUUUUACCAGCAUUACUAGAUUUAUUAACACAUUGUGAUUCUGCACUUCGUCGUUAUGGAGUUCGUUCUGCAAGGCUUAGGCGUGCAGAAUUAAUAAUGGAUAAUGAAGAGGAGAAAAAUAAACGAGAUGAGAAUAAUACUUUUAGUAAAGAAUUGCUUGUACAACGUUCCCAGCCUACUUUAAAGAUUUACUUAUUACCUGGACGAAUAAAUCGUCGAUCGUUAGAACCAAUUAAGCAGGGAACAAAUUGGAUUAAUGAAUAUAAAAGAAUUAAUACAAAAGUAAAAAUAAAUAUAUUUUUUUAA